AAAGUGAAAAAAAUUCAAUCCCAUGAUGUUUUUGUUUUUUUAUGACAUGGACCUCGGAUUCAUCGACAUUAAAAACCAUAGGAUUAUAGUUCCAAAUUACAUGAACCUAACCAACCAUCAUUCAACACUUGUCUCACAUAGCUCCUUCCCUUUCCUCUUUGUGUUUUGUGUGAGUUUUUUUUUAGAAGGGUCUCUUUCUUCUUUUUCUCUUGUUUUUUUUUUUUGUCACAAUCAUUUUUCAAAAGAGGAGAAAAGAGAAAGGGUUUUGGUUUUGAAUUUUAGCAUGGAGAAUCACAUGGUGAAGGAGGAAAUAAUUGAGGUGAUUGAUGGAGAACAAGAGGAAGAAGAAAAUGAUGAUGAAGAAGAAGAAGAUGAUGUUGUUUCUACCUUGACAAUGGAAAGGGUUGCUGCUGCUAAGAAAUUCAUUGAGAAUCAUUAUAAGUCUCAAAUGAAACAUAUUCAAGAACGUAAGGAAAGGCGUUCAGUACUACAAAAGGAGUUAGAAUCUGCGCAUGUACCAGAAGAAGAACAAAUCAAUUUAUUGAAGGAUUUAGAGAGCAAGGAGACUGAGUAUAUGCGGUUAAAAAGACAUAAAAUAUGUGUCGAUGAUUUUGACCUGCUAACCAUUAUUGGCAGGGGAGCCUUUGGUGAGGUAAGACUCUGUCGCGAGAAGAAAUCAGGUAAUAUAUAUGCCAUGAAAAAGUUGAAAAAGUCUGAAAUGCUCAGCCGGGGACAGGUUGAGCAUGUUAGAGCUGAAAGGAAUGUACUUGCAGAAGUUGCCAAUGACUGCAUUGUGAAACUUUAUUACUCAUUUCAAGAUCCCGAAUUCUUAUAUCUUAUAAUGGAAUAUUUACCUGGUGGCGAUAUAAUGACUUUGUUAAUGAGGGAAGAAACUUUGACAGAAAGUGUGGCUAGAUUUUACAUCGCCCAAACCGUUUUGGCCAUAGAGUCUAUUCAUAAACACAAUUACAUUCAUCGGGAUAUAAAACCUGACAACCUUCUGUUAGACAUAAAUGGUCAUAUGAAACUGUCCGAUUUCGGUCUUUGCAAACCACUUGACUGCUCAAAUCUAUCAUCUAUAAAUGAAAAUGAAAUAUUGGAUGAUGAAAACUUGAAUGAUACAAUGGACGUUGAUGGAUCCUCAAACCCAAAUAGCAAAAACGGUAGGCGUUGGAAAAGUCCGCUCGAACAACUUCAACAUUGGCAAAUGAAUCGGAGGAAAUUGGCAUUUUCCACUGUUGGAACACCAGACUAUAUUGCUCCAGAAGUGUUAUUGAAAAAGGGUUAUGGUGUCGAAUGCGACUGGUGGUCUCUUGGUGCUAUAAUGUAUGAGAUGCUUGUCGGUUAUCCUCCAUUUUACUCUGAUGAUCCUGUAACAACGUGCAGAAAGAUUGUGCACUGGAAAAAUCACUUAAAAUUUCCGGACGAGGCAAGAUUGACACCUGAAGCAAAAGAUCUGAUAUGCAGGUUGCUUAGUGGUGUUCCGCAUAGACUUGGUACAAGAGGAGCAAAUGAAAUUAAAUCUCAUCCGUGGUUUAGAGAUGUCAUAUGGGACAGACUCUAUGAAACCGAGGCAGCAUUUAAACCACGAGUCAUUGGAGAACUUGACACUCAAAAUUUUAUGAAAUUCGACGAGGUUGAACCACCAAAGCCAUAUCGAACUGGAUCUGGACCGAUAAGAAAGAAGCACUUGACUCCUCAAGAUCUCAGUUUUGUUGGCUAUACAUAUAAGAAUUUUGCCGCUGUCAAGGGGAAACGCCACUCUGUUGAUAAGGGAAGCUUGUCAUCACAAUCAUCACUCGACUCCACUCACAGUGAUUCUGUAAUAGACUAUUCCGCUUAAUACUCGACGGACAUCACAAAAGCAUAGGCGGUUGCAUUGCACUUGUAUGGUUGCACCCUAUGAUUCUUGUGAAAAGUGACCUAACCUUAAUGUUCAUGUACAUUAUGACCUUGUGUAGCAAAUAGAUGAAGAUGCAACUUCUUUAAUGAUGGUGUCAUUUUGCCUUAAUUUCAAUACUAACAGACACAUAUCAUGCAGAAGUUAGUGUGUACAGGGAUUGAUAUCUAUGUAUGUAUGUAUGUAUGUACCUUAAGGAAUGGUUCACUUGUUGUGAUAGUAUAUGUGAAAGCUUUGAAGCCAAAAAUUGAUGUUUGUAAAAUUGUGAACUAUAGGUCAUGACCAAUGUAGAAAUGCCCAAGUUGGCAAAUUAGAAACAUGUGCCAUCACUUUGUGACAAUUUCUAAUGACCCUUUUCUCUCAA